AAAAUAUAAUUAAAUAUGUGAAGGAGAAUAAAUCUAAUCUAUAUAUUUGUGUGGAUUAGAUUACGUACGUAAGGUCCAAGAUACAAAUAUCUCAAAGCAAAGUCUUUUGCUUCCUUCCUCACAAGUCUGUCUCAUCACAAUUUGGUUGCUUUGCUUGAUUUUUGUCAUCUGCUUUUUCUCAACUGAUCAUCACGAAUCAUGGCUGAAGCUGUUCUCACUGUUGUCCUUGACAAUCUCAGCUCACUCAUCCAAAAGCAAGUUGGAUCUGUUUUGGGUGUGGAGAAAGAGAUGGAGAAGAUGCGUAGCAUGCUCUCAACCAUUUCUGCUGUGCUUGAAGAUGCUGAGGAGAGACAAUCAACUAAUCGUGCUAUCAAGGAUUGGCUGCAAAAGUUGGAGGAUGUUUCUCUUGAGUUGGAGGAUGUUUUGGAUGACUGUGAAGCUGAGGCCUUUCGAUUGGAGGAGGGUCUUGCACAAGACUAUUCAUGGAUCCGAAAGGUACAAUCUUCUUUAUCUUGUUUGAGUCCUAAACAUCUUUACUUUCGUCAUAAUAUUGCUAAAAAGAUGAAAGAGAUUGAGGAUAGAUUAGAUCAGAUCGGGAAAGAACGAUCCAUUUUUCAGCUGCAAGAGAUUGAUGUUGUGGAGAGAAGAAAUCGGGUUAGAGAAAGUCGUCAGAGUAUUGGUUCUAUUAUUACUCAGCCACAUGUGUAUGGGAGAGAAGAGGACAAGGAGAGAGUUGUUGGGUUUCUUGUUAAUGAUGCCAUCAACUGCAAUGGUACUUCUGUUUACUGUAUUGUUGGUUUAGGGGGCAUGGGAAAGACAACUCUUGCUCAAUUGGUCUUCAAUGAUGAAAGAGUCAGUAUUCAUUUUGAGCUGAAGAUGUGGGUUUGUGUUUCUGAAGACUUUGAUGUGCGUAGAUUGAUCAAAGCUAUCAUAGAAUCUGGAACUGGAUGUGCUUGUGAAGCAAUGGAGAUGGAUCCUUUACAGAAACGACUUCGGGACAUGCUUCAAAGAAAGAGGUUCUUGAUUGUUUUGGACGAUGUGUGGAAUGAGAAACAUGAUGAAUGGGACAAGUUGAAAUAUGUGUUGGAAUGUGGAUCAAAAGGUGCUUCGGUAGUUGUCACUACUCGUUUGAAAAAUGUUGCAUCCAUUAUGGGAACAACACCAAUGCAUCACUACUUGACUGGUUUAUCAGACGAUGAUUGUUGGUCAUUAUUCAAGCAACGUGCAUUUUGUAACCGCAGAGAAGAGCGCCCGAACCUUGUCGAAAUUGGAAAAGAGAUAGUGAAGAAGUGCAAAGGAGUUCCAUUAGCAGCAAAAGCUUUAGGAGGCUUAAUGCAUUCCAAAAGUGAAGAAGAGGAGGUGUGGCUUUCUGUUAUGCGUAGUGAGCUUUGGAAUUUACCAGAGGAUAAAGCUCCCAUCUUGCCUGCUUUGAAGUUAAGCUACCGUCAUCUUUCAGUAGAGCAGAGACGUUGCUUCUCUUAUUGUGCUAUAUUUCCAAAGGAUCAUAAAAUAAGAAAGACACUACUAAUUCACCUUUGGAUGGCAAACGGGUUGAUUUCUUCAAAGUCAGAACUUGAGGUGGAAGAUGUUGGAAAUGAGAUGAUUAAUGAUUUAUGUUGGAGAUCAUUUUUCCUAGAUAUGGAGAAAGGUCCAUUUGACAGAACGUAUUUUAAGAUGCAUGAUUUGGUUCAUGAUCUAGCUCAAUCUAUAAUGGGUGACAAAUGCCGUAAUGUGGAGGCUGAUAAUCGUACCAUUCACUUGCAAAAAAGAGUUCGUCACUUGACGUUAAGUGGACGGGGGCAAAUUCCUAACAUAGCAAGUACUGAAUCCUUAAAGACAUUCUUCUCAUCAUCAAAUAAUUCAGAUCCCAGUGAUAUUAAAUUAAAUUUUCGCUCAUUACGGGCUUUCGAAAACAAUGAGAAACAUAUUUGUAGAAUAUCCAUGUCAUCAUUAGUCAAUAAUUCCCAACAUCUUCGCUAUUUGAAUCUCUCAAGAAGUGAUGUUAAAGUCCUUCCCGAUUCCAUUUGUUUGCUACACCAUUUGUUGACUUUAGACCUAAGCUAUUGUGAUGAACUUCGUAAGCUACCCAAACACAUGAUUCGCUUGAAAGGUCUCCGCCAUCUUUACAUUCAAGGCUGUAGCAGAUUAUCACACCUACCUCCAAACAUUGGUAAGCUAAGUUGCUUAAAGACUUUGUCACGUUUCAUUGUGGAUAAGAGAAAAGGUUGUCAAUUGGAUGAAUUGAAAGACCUGAACAUAGGAGGUGAUCUAGAGAUCAACAACUUAGAAAAUGUGAUCAUGAGUCCAAUUGAAGCUAGAUUUGCUAAUCUAUCAGAAAAAACAAACCUCAAAAAUCUGAGUUUGUCUUGGAAUAACAAUGAAGACAUAUCUGAAGAGAAUGCAAAAGACGUACUCGAAGCUCUUGCUCCUCCCACGAGUUUGAAAUUGUUGGAGAUUGUCAAUUACAAGGGUGCCAUUUCCCGUCUUGGUUCCGUGAUGACAUCCUUGGAAGUGUUGUUUACAUCAAUCUGUCUAAUGGUCGUAAAUGUAGAGAGCUUCCUCUUUUUGGGAAACUAACAUCUCUUCGACACCUUAAAAUAUAUGAAAUGUACUUAGUGAAGUACAUUGACAAUCCUGGAGACCUAAGAAGUAGCUUUGGAUGUUUACAAAGUCUUGAGAUUAGGGAUUUACCAAAUUUGGAAGGAUUUUCAAGGCAUGAAGUUGGAAAUGAAAUGUUCCCAUGCUUGUCUUCAUUGUAUGUGGAUAAAUGCCCAAAAUUGAGGUUACCUAAACUAGGAUCAGUUAAGUCUCUGAGGGUGUAUGGUGUUAGCCAACAGUUAGUAGAAUCCAUCUCUAAUCUCUGUGGUCUUAAUGAGCUUGAGAUGAGUCGUUGUGAUUUGACUUCCCUUCCCCAAAAUAUGCUACAUAAUCUCACUAGUCUACAACAACUUACAAUUCGGGAUUUUUGGCGGAUUCAGGAGUUGCCGUCUGACUUCCUCAAUGGCCUUAUUGCGCUACAGUCCUUAGAAAUCAGAUAUUGUUUUAAACUCAAGUGCCUACCAGAGGGAAUGUUCGAACAUUGUUCAUUACGGAGAAUUGGCAUCGAUAAUUGUCCAGCACUUGAAGAAGGCUUUCCAAGUGGUCCUAAUCAACUCAUAUCUCUCCAACACCUAUCUAUAACUUCUCAAAGGUUGCCUGUGCUGCCCGAGGGCUUGCAGCACCUCUCCUCACUUGAAUAUUUGGAAAUAUCAUAUAUCUCAGAGCUUGCGUCGUUGCCUGAUUGGCUUGGAAAUCUUACAACUCUUAAAGAGUUAGCGAUCUUAUAUUGUCGGGAUUUGGAAUGUAUUCCUAUGAGCAUGCAAAGGCUGACCAACCUAAAGAAAUUGCGUAUUUGGAAGUGCCCAAAACUGGAGCAGAGAUGCGAGAAGGAAGUCGGGGAGGAUUGGCACAAGAUAUCUCAUAUUCCACAUGUGGAUAUUUGGAGAUGAGGGAGAAGGAAGAUGAAGAUCUAGAAAAUGAAAGAAUGUUUCAAUUUGUCUACUUCCGUUGCAACUAAUUAAGGUGGGAUGAUAUGUUGGCAGCAGAGAAAUGUGGCAGCUGAGAAUGCCGUACUCAUUCAUUGGCUUCUAUAAGGGGAUCAGCAAAUAAUGUGUGCUCGUUCAUUGGUGGGAUGAUAUGUUAAGCAUUUAAAUGCAAAGUUUUGGGUAUUUUUGAAAGGCUAGUGCAGUGUCAGUGUGUUGUGUUUGGGUAUUUUGGCUCUUGUUUUCCUCAUUCUUUAUAGUUGGUGUUUGUAUGAGGACAAAUUAAUAUUGUAUUUGUUUUGGAAAGACUACUCUUACUCAAUAGUACUCAUAAUGUAUUUAUUUAAUUAGCUUCUAUAAUAUAAAGCAAAGCUGCAUUUAUAUA